ACAACAUCCUGCUGUUUCCAUGGAAGCCCACCAUGUUAGGACAGUUGGUACACUGUCCGUGAUAGCUUGCAAAAUCUUGUGAAAGCUUGCCAAUAAAAAAGGCUACAGGAAUUGCAUUUGUUAAAUUGUGUUACACACGUGCAAAGAGUAUUCAUGUUAAUUUCAACGUUAUCUCCUAAGAGGGUAACCAGAAUGAACCGUUUUAAUUCCACAGUCCCGGAUGACCAGUACCUGGCGGACAGCAAUGUGUUGUUCUACCUGAGUGAUGCAGUGACCCAGCUGCUGGAACAUAAAGACGAGUACACCCAGUUCGGGGUGAUCCGUUACUUUGCAGAAUAUUUCAGCAGUGUAAAGAACAGUAACCACGUGCUCUUCCGCGAGUAUAACUACAUCCGGGCCACUCCUCAUAACAGAGCAUCCUUCAUCAGAGUCUUCUGGAGAUGCUACAGACAGAUUGGCAAGAAUGGAGACUUACUGUCCAUGCUGGAGUACAGGUCACUGCUGCAGUUAUUGUGUCCAGACUUCCCCUUGGAGAUAUUGCAGAGUGCAGCCAGAAUAGUUCUAUUGGACGACGCUAUCGACUGUCUGAUGUCUUUCUCUGAUUUCCUUUACACCUUCCAGCUACAGUUCUACUACCAAGAGUUCCUGGACAGCGUGCUGGUGAUCUACCAGGAUCUGUUAGCAGGGAAGAGUCCUAACACUGUCAUUGUCCCCACGUCUGACUCCAUCGAGCAGCUCCCCUCUGCAGCUGCCGAGGAGAACGACAAAGAGGAGCAGCAGCAGGACGGAGUGGAACCGUCCACUCUGGCUCAGUGUAUAGAUGCCUUCUGUGACAGGUUCAAGCACAGUCAUCCUCCCAGGUCCUGUAUGAGGAAAGUCCUGGAACAGUUUAACAAAGUGUCUUACUACAGCUUCCUAAUGAGCCUGGCUAAACAUGAGACCAUCAACCAAACUAUAGGAGCAUUACCCUGCAAGGCGGAGUUGCUCAUUGACCCAGAGAUGGACCAGGAGCUAGACAAAGUAAUUGCCCAGAUCUCAGUGAGUCCUGGCAGCAACAGCAGUGGCAGUGCGGUGGGGGUGCUGAAGGAGGUGCAGAGGAAGGCCUCCCCCAGAAGGAACAUCCACCACAGGAGGAAGAUUGAGGUGGAAAGCGAUGGUUCAACGGAAGAGACCGACUCCUCUGAAAACUGAGCUCUAACCAUUCAACAGAAAUAUAGGCAUAAAUCAUGGGGGAUUUUGGGGGUCAGGACCUACCCCAUGUGAGGGUUGCCCCCCCCCCCCCAAAAAAAAAGCAUUUUUCUUUUAAAACAAGAUGUUUAUUGUAAAUAAUGUAGUAUUAUAUAUUUACAAAUAAUAGUGUUAGUAGUAAAACAGUACAAAUGGGGAAGAAAUUGCGUUUUAAAUUUAAAAACAUCUUGAUCCCCCCCCUUCCUUGCAUCACAGUGGUUUGGUCCACUGCCUGCUACACACACAAGUAUCUUUGUUGGGAGCAGCACAAUUAGAGAGAUGGGCUGGGUGGGAGAAAGCAAAGUUUAAAUCCCCUCUGAACCUUCGUUGUGGAACGCCAGUAAGUAGAAAAUGCUAUUGUAUUCACUUUAAACAUUGGAUGAAGUGAUUAUCUUUCUGUUGUACAGAUGAUGCUUUGUCAUUAAUUAUUUAGUCAUGAUAAAGUAUUUUUCCAUCAAUCCUCUAUUUUAGCGAUAACGUGACAUAGCUUGUUUAAUAGCUUGUUGGAUAGUUACUUAGCUAGCUUGCUUUCACUGGUUACAGAUAAUGAGCCAGCUGCUUGCAGGGGGAUCAGUUCUCAGUUCAGCAUAAUCUGUAUAAAAGAAAAUAAUUUAUUUUUUAUUUAUGUUUAUUGAUUCCCAGUGGUGAAAUUACAAUUCAAUUUACACUCUGUUAGUAAUCACUACACACAGGCCUGAAAUACACACAUAUGCUCAGGACCUAUUCAUGCAAAAAUGGAGAGAUGUCAGAGCGAGUGGGCUGCCAGUGCUAGACCAGUGGCCUGAGCAGUUGGGGGAGUUUGGUGCCUUGCUCAAGAGCACCUGACAGUGCCCAGGAGGUGAAGUGGCAUCUCUCCAGCUACCGAUCCACACUCCCUACUUCAGUCCGUACGGGGACUUGAACGAGCGACCUUCCGGUUCCCAACCCAACUCCCCGACUACAUCCAAUGUUUAAAGUGAAUAAAAUGGCUUGCCAGCCUACUUACUGGAGUUCCACAACUACACAUAUACACUACAAUGUACAAUUUUGGAUGUGAUGAUUAGUUGUGUGUCCCCUAAAAAAAAUUGCUCUUGAGAAAUGUCUUGUUUAUUGUCCCCAACAACUGCUAGAUGAAAUUUACACCCACUAGUAGUGGAUAAGUGCACAGCAAUGCAAGAGAACACUCCACGUUGCGUCAGAAUACACCAUUGUCUUCUUUUUGUUCAACAUUGAUGUUGAGAAAAGAAGUGAGCAAUCAAAUGAAAGCAAUCACAUCAGACAGCCUACAUCAGAGUACCCCUGUAAGCAGGGCAGCAUUGUGGAUGCUACAUAUUGUUCACUAAAUGCCGUGUGGUCUAAAUGAUGUUUAAGUCCCGCGUUAUUGUGGAACCCACACAACUUCUAGGAAAGGCCCACCCUUCAAUUGUAUUCACACACUACUAUUAGCCAGGUGUCCAUGCUUACGCUAGGCAAUCCUAACCUUAACCGCUCGAGAUCAAUGCCUAACCCCAACCAAUCGAGCUGCUUCGUAGGGCGGGCCUUUACUAGAAGUUACAUGGGUUCCAUGAUAACGCGCAAGUUCUAUAUCUGAAAAUGGUCAUGUGACAUGUUACUGCUCUGCUGUGGCAGGAUGUUUUGAAUUUUCUGUAGUCUUACCAAACUAAAUGGUUAUAUUGGUUUGCAGUACUGCUAUUUAUUUAGUUUGUCAAGAGUAGUACAACCAAGUAAAUAUCAACAGUAACAGUCCAGUUAAUACUCAAUGACAAGUAUUUGCAAUAAUCCCUGAAAUUAUGUUGUUGUCAUGUCAGAGAAGCCUCUGAAUCACCAUUUAUACCAUACCAACAUGAAACACCAUAACCUUUCACUAAAACUCAAACAUAUAGUCGUAGGUACUGUAAGUGAGCUGCUCCUUCAUUAAGCAAAACAAGGAAUGUUUCCUCCUCUCCCUGCCUGUUUAUAACCUACACAGCUAACAGCUCAAGCAUACAUUUAGCUUGUAUUCAAGUUAUUUAUUACCUUUUUAUUGGUGAAAAGAAUGACAUGAAGCUUAAUAUGUGAAUGUUAUAUGGCACAAAUGAAUAUCCUUACUCACACUGAAUAAUAAAGAUGUAACUGUGAA